CACUAACCAAAUCAAAGAAUUCAAAAAUUCCAUCUCUUCAAUCUGACCUACCAGAUCAUCGCUGUGAAAGACAUCGAUGUGAAAGACGCUGUUGAUAGAAGUAAGACGUGCAAAUAUGACUGAAUCCGGACCCUCCAUCCUCGCCACGUGCAAGCAAACACGGUUCCAUCUCCUCGACGACAGACCUUCUCGCGAGGUUGACAUCCAAGGCCUCACCAUCGCAGUCCGAUCAUCCCAGCCUUCUACCAGCGAGAAGCCAAAAGCAGCGAAAUCCAAAUCCAAAUCCGACGGCCUUGAAUUAGUUUCCAACGCUGACUUGCGGCUCAAAGCUGGUGUGCAUUAUGGUCUUAUUGGAAGGAAUGGGACGGGCAAGUCCACCAUCCUCAAGGCAAUGGCGGAGAAGCUUAUUCCGGGUAUUUCGUAUACGACUAGGAUAGCGAUUCUUCAGCAGACAGAUGCCGAGAUAGAAGAUGAAGAUGAUAAUAGUCUCGCCGAGUCGUUGAGAGAAGCUGCUUCCGUGUCAGGGGGAAAGGGGAGAAGUGUUUUGGAGCAGGUCAUGGCGAGUGAUGAUCUCAGAAAUGACAUCAAAAGAAAAAUCGAAGUUCUAUCGAGAAGUUUGGAAAACGAGGAUGACUCUUUAGCCCCAGUGUUAACCAUCAGAAAGCUCCGCCAUGAGGAGCUAGAGAAGCAAUUAUUUCUAGCACAGAAAAACGCGAGUUUGAGAAGUGGUGCCAGAGGGCUUCAAGCGAGGAAAGAACUCAAAUCUGUCGAGACCAAGGUCGCCGUCUCGCGGGGCUUGCUAAAUGAAGACAAAGAUUCAAUCAAUGCAGAAAGCAUUACAGCCGACACUCAGGCAGCAGUUGAUCUUCUCGAAGAGCUUCAGUCGCAAUACGAAACGAUGAAAGUUGUCGAUAUAGAGCAACAAGCACGAAAAGUAUUGCUUGGCCUGGGCUUCAAAGAGGAAGGUCUCUCGAAGCCGUUCGUCACGUUGUCAGGGGGCUGGCGAAUGCGAUGUAUGCUCGCCGGCAUUCUGAUUCAAAACCCCGACAUCAUGAUCCUCGACGAACCGACCAAUUUCCUCGACCUCCUCGGAGUCAUCUGGCUUGAGAACUACCUCAAACAGAUGCGCGAAACGUCGGACACGACAUUAGUCCUAGUCUCUCAUGACCGCGCUUUCAUCAACGCCAUUUGCGAAGAGCUAGUGAUCCUCCGCGACCAAACACUCUCCUACUUCAAAGGCAACCUUGCCGCGUACGAAGAAAAUUUCGAGUAUCAGAAGCUAUACUGGGGCCGUAUGAGGGAGGCGCAAGAAAAGCAAAUCGCACACAUGGAGGCGACGAUUCGCGAAACCACGAAGAUGGGCAAGAAAACCGGCGAUGAGAAUAAACUGCGCAUGGCCAAGUCUCGCCAAAAGAAGAUCGAUGAUCGGAUGGGCGUGCAGGUUAGUGCGAAUGGCGGUCGGUUCAAGUUAAACCGAGACAUGGUAGGGUGGCACGAGAACAGCAGGGCAGAGAUCGAAGUGCCCAAGGACGAGAAGGGCGCAUCAAUGUUCAUACCAAACGCGCCGGAUUUGAGGUUUCCCGGACCGUUGAUAUCGCUGGAGAAUAUCACUUUUCGGUACAAGCGCACUGCGCCGGUGGUACUCAGUGAUAUCAACUUGACGAUCCACCUUGGUGACCGCGUGGGCAUCAUGGGGCUUAAUGGGAGCGGGAAAUCGACGCUCCUGCAGCUGCUAACGGGGGAGAUGGAAAAGGCUGGUGUUGGGAAGGUCACUCGCCAUCCACGACUGAAGAUUGGGUACUAUGCUCAGAACUCGGUUGGGGGGCUGCAAAAGGAAGGUCGUGCGAAUCAAGAACAAACGGCACUGUCAACCAUAAUGCGUGAAGCGGAUGGCCAACUAAAUGAGGGCGAUGCUAGAGCGCUCCUGGGGGCUUUGGGCCUGCCUGGUCGUAUUGCAUCCGAUGUUCCCGUGUUUCGUCUAUCCGGUGGGCAAUUGGUUCGGCUCGCCAUGGCAAAGGUGCUUUGGAAUCCGCCGCAUCUGUUAGUGCUCGAUGAAAUCACUACGCAUCUGGACUUCCACACAGUCACGGCUCUGGCAUCGGCGUUGUCGACGUUCAACGGAGCGAUCUUGGUAGUUUCGCACGACCGUUUUCUAGUAAGGUCUGUCGUUGAAGGCAAGCGAGACGGGGAUGCGCGACUGAAUGAGGAUUUCGAAGCCGAAGAUGAUGAACAAUCCGAUGAUGAUACUCAGAUUCCAAGACGAAGAACGGUUUUUAUCUUGAAAGCGGGGAAACUGGUCGAGCAGACUGGGGUAGAGCAAUUCGAGAAAAGCCUGGAAAAGAGGGUUAAGAAAAUGCUGAGUGGGUGAGACAAAGACCGGAGGUGUCAAUGGAAUCGCAAAUAUGCAAAUAGUGCAAUUCAGCAGCAGAUGAAAUAUUCCAAAAAUUCUGAACACUCUGAACACUCUGAACACUCUAGUGAGAGAAAGAGAUGACAGAAUAUUUGUCACUAACAGUUUUGGGGAUAGGUUUGAAGCACCCAAAAUAGUGAUUAGAGGUACUAAAUCUAUUGAAUAGAAUAUAGUCAACUUUUAAGAAUUAUAC